AUGCCAGUAUUCUCUAACCCCGUAAUUUCUUCAACAACGAGCCCCAUCAACGGUAACAUUAACGGUUUGCCGGACAAAUGUAUGUGCGUCGAUGGAGUUUGUCUCGAUCCAUCUCAUAAGCACUACGCUGAACAGCAAAAGAAAUAUCAAGAAAAUUUUAAACAACAACAACUAUUACAAAAAAGAAAACGUCGUCUUUCUCUUACAACAGAGAUCUCAACUGUGAGGUUAAUGCCGACUACUACAUGUUCACUAUAUUCAGGCUCAAAAUUUAGAGGUGAACAAAGGAGUGGAAGAAGUAGCUACGAUGUAGCUGUUAACAUUCAGCACGUUGAUCUUUCAGAGUCAUUCUUGUGUGGCUACCUUCACAUUAAAGGCCUUACGGAAGACUAUCCUGAAUUGACCACUUUCUUUGAGGCAGAAAUUAUUGGACGCAAGUAUUCUUUUCUAACUAAGAAAUGGGACGCUGAUGACAAAGUCGACAUUCGUUUCCCUGCAUUCCGUCCUCUCCAAAAGCAUAUGAAGAAGGAUGGAUUUGUUUAUGAUUUCCACAAUAAGGAUUAUAUCUUCAUGAGAUGGAAGGAGCACUUUCUUGUUCCUGAUCACCGAGUUAAGACCAUUAAUGAGCUCAGAACGGUUUCAGGAACUGAAGCUGCAUCAUUGUGCGGACAACUCCUUCCCAUCUUUUGA